UGUCUUAGUGGGGACAACGUUUGACGUCUUAGUGUUUAAGUUGGAGUUUGGACUAAAAGCAGGCGCGUGGAACAACUUUAAGUUUCUUUUUUGAGUUUGAGCAGUCGUAGCAACGAAGUAGAGUGAAGGGCGAGCUGUUGUGCAGCAUUUCUAAUUGAGGUUGCAGAGUACAUCGUGUUAUUGGGAGUCUAUGUUGCCAGCAUGCUGAGAGACAACCAGGGGGGAAAUUAGGCAGAGCUCAGCUGCAGCAAACUGCAGAGGAAGAGAGAAGAGCUGGAGACAAACCAGUGCUGUGUCCUCUGGAUGUUUCCUGGUUUACCCAGACUGAGUCAGGAGUGGAGAGUGGAGAGUGGAGAUAGACCCGGUCACAGAUACAGUACAUGCCGUGGAUUGUGUACAGAAGGUUUCAGUGAAAACAACCUCCACAAGAUCAACUUACGGAAGUGGGGCAGAGCCACCAAAAUCAGGAAACUAAGACUUGCUAUUAAUACAACUGAGCAGAGAGCUGUUGCUGGUGAAAGCUAAAAUCAUCUCAGUUGAAGAGGAAAGGAGCUAAAGUAAACUUGAGAAACCAAAAGGACAUGUUUGGGAUGCUACUUGUGGGUUGAUUUUAUGCACUUUUGAGGCUCGACAACCAUGGAAGAACCCAUCUUAAAUGCUGAAUCAGCAAAUUCUGAAUCACACUCAGCACAUGAGCUGUUAAUUCUGCACACAGCUGACGCACAGGAAUGGGCGGACUAUUUGCAGCAGAUCUUGAAGUCAUCCAAAAAGUUCCGCAAAAGAUCUAUUUUUUUGUACGAGGUCAGCCCAGCGGAUAAGGUUCACGGAUAUAACUUUGAAUAUUUUCAAAGCUGCAGAUGCAUUGUGCUGCUCCUCACCGGAUCAUUGCUUGACAUGCUCUAUGAGCCUGAGCUGCACGAAGCUCUUCAGAGACUCCUUUAUCCUCCACACAGAGUGGUGGCGCUGCUGUGUGGCGUGUCGGAGGACGACAUACCGACUGAAAGCUUUGAAGACUGGUACAACUGGAGAAAGCUCUCUGCUGAGGAUGAGCCUGCCUACUACAUUUCUACCAUUUUGGAGUCCAUCACUGACAGCAGACAAGUGGAGGCUGAAUAUGAGAGCAAAAAUGCAGCUGUAGCAGAGCAGCACAACGCAGAACCUCUUUCAACUGAAAAUCCCACCACUGAUGAAAAAGAGGAAGUGGUGUCGGAAGAGCAAAAAGAAACUGUCCUAGAGGAUGAAGAACUGGUGGCCGAGGGGAAUUCAACAAGCGAGGAAAUUAGUACGCCCACGCAUCUCACCUGUCUCACCGUUCAACCCAACAGAGUCCUGUGCGGGCAACAGGAAACACUUUAUAUCAUUUUUACACAUAAAAUAGACCAGUCGGUAUUAGAGGUGGAGUUUUCAUCUGAAAAAGUAGCUGCAAAAAGGGUCCCAGGCACUGUGGAGAAUGAAUACACUAUAAGUGUUACUGCACCUGAUAUGCCUGCUGGAGUGUUAUCACUCACCAUGCACACUGAACAAUCCUCUGUCAGCUUAAAGCCUGUUACAUAUUAUACCAAUAUUGGAGAAGUCAGUCGGUAUCUUGAAAAUGCUACUGAUCCAGUUAACUUCAUCUGCCAGGCCUUCAACUUAACGUCCAAUGCAACAGAAUCACUCGACAACAUGCUAACUGACUCAUUAAAAUCCAGGAUGCCUGCAACUAGUCUUCAGCUGUUUGGAAUCAGUCAGAUUGAAGAAGACAAUAUGGCUUCAUAUCAGCGUACUGAGGAGCUUCCAACACUGCUCCACUUUGCUGCCAAGUAUGGCUUGAAGAAGCUGACCACCGUUCUCCUUCAGUGUCCCGGGGCUCUACAGGCUUACAGCGUGAUGAACAAGUAUGGAGACUACCCAAACACGCUGGCUGAGAAGAGUGGCUUCUCUGAUCUCAGACAGUUCAUUGAUGAAUUUGUUCAGACAGCAGACAUGCUCAAGUCUCACUUUGAGGAAACCAUCAACACAGACGAGUGUGCAGAGGUGUAUGAGAUGAUGUCAGAUAACUCUCAAGAUAUCAUGAUGAAGUACUCUGGUGGCUCAGAGGACAUAUAUGAGUCAAUGCUGGGGAUUGACCCUGAAUGUGCAGAGGACCUAUAUGAAGUGAUGAGUGCAGUAAAUGAGAACCCUGAGGAAGCAAUGCUCAGGAAGUUCUUCCAAGCAAAACCACAGGCAAGUGUAAAGCAGCACAACGACGAGUGCCUUAAAAGUACGGAAGCAGAAAAAGAGGAUCACAUUGAUCAUAUUGAGACAGAAGAGGAGGAUCUAUACAGUCUCUGCCCAGAGGAUAUUUAUGAUACUGUGGAUGGAAACAAUACUUUUGACUCAUUAAUCCUGAACCGUCCACCAGCCCCCAUCCCCAGACCUGAGUCCGAGUCUGAGCCUGAAAAGCCCAUGACCUACAUCUCUAGAGUAUUUUCAGAUAAAUGCAUGUCCAGUGGAACAACAGGUACAACAGUGGAUACGGGAUAUCCUGCAGCUCGGCCUGCGAUGGAACUGCCCUCUCCUGUUUAUGACCCCUAUGCUGGGAUGAAGACACCUGGACAGAGACAGCUCAUAUCUCUGCAGGAGAGGGUGAAAGUGGGGGAAAUUACUGUGGAUGAGGCCGUCCAAGAGUUCAAGGCCUGGCAGUUUGACCACGAUCGGAGGGCCAACUCUAUACGCUAUCAGCAGGAAAAUCUGAAGCGAUUACGAGACAGCAUCACCCGGCGUCACAAAGAGAAACAGAAGACAGGAAAGGAGCAAGAGUAUGAGAUCAGUGCUCCGCUGCAGAGGAACUUAUACUCGGGCUCCAGUAUGACAUUAGAGUGUUCUGUGUAUGAGCCGACACCCAGGAUGGUGGCUCCCCCUCCACCUCCAGUGGGUCCAGCUAUCCAAAGAGGCACCUGGAAGACAGGUAGCACCUCCAGCACGUCCAGUACUGAAAGCAACAGACUCAGCACUCAUAGCACAUUUAGCUUCAGCAGUGGGACAGAGCCGGACUUUGAGGACCCAAUAGAAAAUCUCCCUCCUCCGCCACGACCUCCACGGACAUCUGAUCCAAGCCUCAUUCCUCCACCCAGAAUUCCUCCUCGGAUCCCAGAAAGGGCGCCAGAGAAGGUGUUACAUGAGCGCUACAUAUCCUGCCCGACUCGAGCACUUCCUCAACGACCGACUCAGAGACACACAAAUGCAGCACCACCCAUACCACGCCGUCUGCGGUGAUCAACACGUCUAUUUUUGCUGGGUUUCAUGUCUAAAGAUAUUCUUUGAUAUUGCCGUUCAGAAGACAAAAGACUGAAACUGUUUUUUAUUUUUAUUUGGGGUUUUUUGGCUGUCAUGUACCAGUGUGCCAUUGUGUACCAGUAAUUCAAUUCCCAUUUUAUUGUCUUUGUGUGUGUGUGUCUGUGUCUAUGUGAGUGAGUCUCCUGUGCUUUGUCUUCUCCACCAAAACCUGUGUGAUAUAUUUGACGUCUCAUAACUCUGGAACAUUUCAAGAAUUUACUGUGAUAUUUGUAAAGUAUCCCUAAGAAAAUGUAGCCUAUUAUAGGUUUAGAGUGUUGUCUUUCUCUUUGUUAUGGGUUUGUGCAAAUGUAAUGUGAUGAAAUGGGGAAAAAGGUAAACCACGUGUUUAAUUUGAAAUCUUAAUUGUGAUAUUUAAACAUGGUUUUUGGUGUUAGCUGAGCCAGUAUGCUGUUCAGAUAUUAUUAUUAGGCAUUCUACUGUAAUGCUUAAUUGUAAGUUGUUGUGACAUAAUAUUUUACUUAUUUUACCUCAAAUAAUGUCAGAAUUAUAUUGCUAAAGGAGUUUGUCUGUGAUAUUUCUAUAAUAUAUUCCUCACUGUAAUCUUGGAGAAUUCAGGCGUGAUUGUUCUAAUAAUAAUCUUUAGGAAGUCUGUUUUGUUGUACAUCAGACUGGAAUUUCAUUAAGAAAUAUAAAAAAUAUGUUAAUUUUGUACACUUGAAAGUGUCCUUAUUUCAGUUGGCUGCUUUAUUUCUUGUGCAGUAUGAAAUUUGGUCACUUGGUGGUGCUCCAUAUUCUCUGUCCUUUAAACAUAGGCUUCCUAACAUUUUUUUUCCAUGUUUCCAUGUUGUGAAAAUCUUUUCCAAGUUGAUUUUAUCUCAUUAAGCAUUCAGCAGUCUAAUCAGCUUAUAAAUGACUUCACUCUUAUGAAUAUAAAUGAACCCUGACCAUAUAAACUGCCCUCUGAAGUUCUGUGAGCAGAGACACAUGUACAAAGUGUGAGAGACUGUAGCCAGCUGGGACUUCUGGUCAAAACUUUCAAAGUAAAAUCUUUCCUGAUAAACACAGAAUGUAAAAAAACAAAAAAGGACAAUGUAUUUAGUCUGUAGCACAAUUAAGAGCAUGUUUUAUUUAUUUUAUCAUUCAAGUGUAACUUUGAUUAGACUACAGUCCAAGCUUAAAAAAUGUAUUCAUGAAUGACUGAAAAAACGAGCCCAGCUCUGUCUUUAUUCUACCUUACAGUUUUCUAGUCUUUAAGGAUGCACUCAUGUUUUGUUUUUGUUUGUAUGAAUAAACUGACUUCACGCA